GUUGAGGUGUUCAUGACUACAGCAGCACGCAAACACAACAGACUCAGAACGACUGAAGUCGCCGCUUCACACGCAGCAGCUCUGCUGGGAUCCACCAUGAAACUGUCCGUGCUCCUGCCUCUGUGCGCUCUGCUCACCCUCAGCCAGCAGGCUCCAUCUAAAUGUGAGUGUGAGCUGGUGAACUUAAACCAAGCAUUUCCUUAUGACAAGCUCAACACAGUCCAGGACGACGCCUCCAGCUGUAACUCCAGGAUCACCCCACAGAGUAGCUUCCACAUGGAGAGUCUCCUGCUGGGUCUGAAGCGCCGCCUGCCUCAGCUGAUGGAGGAUCUGGUGGAGUUGGAGGAAGAGCAUGACGGAGAUCUGUACAGCGCUCUCAGUCUGCACGUCUUAGAGAAUGAACUCGUAGAGAUUCAGCAGCUGAUGGACAAGCUAAACGGCUCCAUCCGGGGAAACCAGGAACUGGUUGAAAACACCACCCAGCUGCUACAGGACCUGAAGGAAGGUUUGGUGGAUCUGGAGCGGUUUGACACCAUGCAAGUAGUGAAAAGACAACAAGUCAACCAGCGCCUGAAAAAAGACCUGGACCAGUGCAGGAACGGACAGCAGCCCACCGCUAAGCCCACCCAGCCAACAGAGAGUUCUUGUCCUUUGGGUCAGUUUGAGAACAUCACAGGGCCAGUGGUCUACACAGGCGGGGAAUAUCCUGGUUCCUACAAGUAUGGAGGCUGGGGCCGAGACCCAAAGCCAGAGGCGGGGAAGGAGAGCUGGUACUGGCUGGUGAUGAUGACCUCCAGUAACAGAUACUCCAACUACAUCCGUUUCUACAGCACUCUGAGCUCCUUAAUCGUGGGGAAGAGCACCCCAGGUAACAUCCAGAUCCAUCCCUCUAACCCAACCACCAACACCAUCCAGGGUCCAAACGUGGUUCUGUAUGGGGGGGCGUUGUACUACAACUGCUUCAACGUACUGUCACUUUGUCGGUUUAACCUCACCUCCAAAGCAAUCACUGUGACAGACUUACCCAAAGGCACCAGGUUUAACUCAAAGGGUAACUUCUGUCAGCUUGAUGAAUGCUACCCGUUUACUGAUCUGGACCUGGCCACAGACGAAUCUGGAGUUUGGGUGAUUUACACCACCAGCCAAGACUUUGGUAACCUGGUUUUAUCCAAAGUGGAGGAGGAUGAACAGAUGAAGCUUGGCCAAACCUGGCACACCUCCGUCUACAAGCAGGCGGUGACCAACACCUUCAUGGCCUGCGGUGUCCUGUACGCGACUCGCUACGUCAGCAGUACCACUGAGGAGAUCUUUUACUCCUUUGACACCGCCACAGGAAAGGAGAACUUCAACGUUGGCAUCUUCUUAAGCAAAGUGUCACCUAACAUCCUCUUCUUGAACUACAGUCCAGUGGACCAGAUGCUGCACGCCUACUGUGACUCGCAGAUGGUCUCCUACAAGGUUUUGUUUGAGUUUAGCAGCUCACCGAAUGUCUCAUUUUGAAAAGUGAUGGUUCAGUUCAGUUGAUAAUUCUGUAUCACAUGGAUCUCACUGAGCAGGAAACUGUUUCCAGCUUUUUGAUUCAAUGAAACUUCAAAUGUUUCUGAGCUGACGCCUAAUUGUUGUUUGAGAAAUAAAAUAAGUGAAACACAA